AUGAAUAAAAUAAAAGAAUUCGAUAAACCUCCUUUGAAAUUCAUCAAUCACAUCUCAAAUCCACUCAUUUCCAAUCUCCCUCCUUCUCAAAUCUACAAGCCAUUGCACAUUGUCGGUAAGGGUGCAUACGGCAGUGUGUGGAAAGGCUGCCACCUCCACACGGGUUUCGUAGUCGCCAUAAAAGUCAUCGACUUUGAUCUUUCCGGCAACACGAGCGCGAUCGAUGAUGACGUCGCCGACAUCCAGCGUGAAGUUUCUGUUUUAUCCCGACUACGCGAUGUCGACAACAAGAACGUUACUCGCUACUACGGUUGUCAUUUAGAGGGCUCAAAACUGUGGAUUAUUAUGGAUUACGCAGGCGGUGGUAGUGUGCGCACCCUAAUGAAAGCUCAACCACGCCUAGACGAGCGUUUCGUGGUGGUGAUAGUCCGUGAAUGUCUCUAUGCACUAAGCUUUCUACACAAGAGCGGCAUCAUUCAUCGUGACAUUAAAGCUGCUAACAUACUCAUCAACAGCGUUGGCCGUGUACUUUUAUGCGAUUUCGGUGUCAGCGCCAGUCUCCCAUCAGCCAGCAGCAAGCGAACUACUUUCAUAGGUACUCCUUACUGGAUGGCACCUGAAGUCAUAGCACAUGGUGCAGAUGCCGUCAACGGUCGUGAGUACGACUCUAAAGCUGAUAUAUGGAGUUUGGGCAUUACAAUCUACGAAAUGUGUCAGGGUCGUCCCCCUCUCUCCGACCAAGAGGCAAUGAAAGCCAUUUUCCUCAUCACUCGUUCACCUCCAGCUCGUCUACCUGAUGAUGGAAAAUAUAGUCGCGAAAUGCGCGAAUUGGUGGGGAGUUGUUUGGUAUCUGAUCCUAAAUCUCGUCCUUCCGCUGACGAGUUGCUAAAAUGCAAGUAUAUUAAGAGCUCCUCGCGUGUACCGACAAGCAUUCUGCGCAAGCUGCAGACUAUUUACAGCGAGUGGGAGAUGCGCGGUGGUCAACGCGCAAGUCUGGCUGGACAAGUAUGGGAUGAGGAAGAGGAAGAGGCGGCGUUUAACGCUAAUUAUCAACGUAUGAGCGGAUGGGAUUACUCCUCUAUCUCCCCCUCUGAAGCUGUCAAUCGGCAAGUUGAAAAUGAUGUUGAGUUGGACGCUCCAAAUAAACCUAUCGCACCAAGGAAUAGACUGUUGAGAAUAUUCGACGACCCAAAUGCAGAAGAUGAGAAUGAUAUACAGUUGAACACCAGAGGAUUGGGUUUAGCGCAGCAUAGAAAAACACCAUUACAUGGUGAUAGUGACGCGACUAUGCGCCAGAUAGACUUGAAUGCAGUCGGUAGCGGUAGCGGUAAUGCCGGUGGCGGUGGUGGUGAUGGGAUGAUAGAUCUCAGUGCGAUAAGUGCGAUAGAUGACAGUAGUAGUGAUUAUCCAGGCAUAGAUUUGCCAUCUGGGAGUAGUCUUCCAACGCAGUAUGACGACUACGAUGAUUACCCUGAGUAUGAUGACAAAAUGCAGUCGAAUGGACGCACUAUCCGAGCUAGUUAUGGUGCAUUUCAACCCGCAGCACAAAUCGAUACCAGUGUGAGUGCAAUGAAAAACAGAAAAACACCAAAAACACCCACCGCCCAUCGUCACAAAUCUUCUUAUGCGAGUAGUAGGAAUUUCUCGACAGAUUCCACGGCCAGCUCCCCGAAUGAUUUCUCGCCCAAAGUGGAUGAACACAGUGGUAGCGCAGGUAGUGGGAGUGGCAAGGGUAGUGCCAAUAGCAGUGCAAAUGGCAAGAACAAGAAUGUGUUUGAAGGUUCAUUUGCUUUUAGAGCUAAGGGGAAUAAUGUGGCUAAUUCAGCUGGUAACUCAGCAACCAGCUCAGCAGCUAAUUCCACAACAACAUCUCCACAAAGCACAUGGCACAAGACCGCACAAGCAAAGGUAUCACCGCAGAUGAAAGAAGAUACACCUGCAACACCUACAACACUAGGAUCACUCUCACCUUCAUUCCAAUUUCCACCAAUACGCAAAACACAAGAACAGCCACCGAGUUUACCCAGUUUACCCAGCUUGCCUAAUCUCAGUCGCUCAGCUAGCUUGGUGAGGUCACACAGCCACAAUCCUUGUUCGAGCACUGGUAGUAUGUGGGAGUUGGAGGGAGAUAGUGGAGCAACUAAAAUAGAUGUAGGAGUAGCGGAGAGGACAAAAAUGAAUUCAAGACCGACGGUGAUGAGGAACAGUUCAGUAUCGGUGAUGGAGACAAUACCGUCUCCAGACAUGAAGGCGUCGGAGGUGACUAAAGAUGUGGGUAGUGCAAGGAGUGCAGCACAUGCAACGGUGAGUGGACAGGAACGUGCAGGGGUUCGUGGACAUGGACGGAGAUCAAGCCAGGCAUCAGAGAGCAUGAACCCAAGUAGCGCAAGGUAUAGGAAUAUAGGAAGGAGAACGAGUCGGAGUGAGGGACAAGUAGUGUUAAGCACAUCUAUGUCAUCAGAAUUGGCGACGCUUUCAGAGGAUGUGAGUGGUAGGAGGACACGUGAGGGACCAAGAACAGUGGAGAAGGAAUACAAGCCAUUGGAUUACAACAGACUAUGUCAAACACAAAGCAAGCAAAUGAUUCAAGAAGAAAUGAUUACUAUGUUAGAUGAAGUGCAAAUGCAUUUGGAUAACAUGGCAAGAUUGUAG